CUCUGUCGCGACUUGCUUCCCUCCCAUCUCCAGUCUGACUCACUCAGCUACAGGGUAUCGAUCACCGCGCCACCGAGCACGAAGCAACGACGACGACGACGACCAAUAUGGAGGACGGAGGCAAGAGCGGCGGCCGGAGGAGGCUCAAGGACCGCCUCGCGCGGCUGCUCCGUCCGGCCAACUCGCUCCUCCGCUCGCCGUGCAGCUCCUCCUCCUCCACCUCCACAGCCACUUUCACGACCGCCAUGACCACCACCACCGCGGCGACGACGGUGUCGACGGCGUCGUCUUCCACGGCUACUACCGCCGCUUUCCUGCCCCGCGUCGAGCCCUUCUCCGCGGCGCUUGACAUCCUCCGUCGUCCUCCUCCUCCUCCUCCUCCGGAGCAGCAGCAGAAGAAGAAGAGCAAGAGCAAGAGCGCCACCGUGCAAAGGUGCUGCUCGUCCCGGCAUUGCUCCUGCCGGCAUUUCGGUGGCGGGAUGAAGCCGAAGCUCUCGUCCAACCCCUACGGCUUCACCACCUCCGACGACGACGACGAGGACACCGACGGCGACGACUGCAGGGAGGCCUUCUUCUCCUCGAGAAGCCUGAUGUCCUCCGACUCCGGCUUCUACCCGUGCUCCAAGCAGCAACAGCAGCAGCAGCUUCUUCCCCACAAGAGCAAGAACCGCCACCACCACCGUCGCCACCGCCAGCAAAAGACGCGUCGCCGGCGCCGGCGGGCGUCGGGCUGCGUGGACGAAGCGUGCAGCGUGAGGGAAGGCGCGGUGGGGUCGUCGUCGUUCCGGCCACUGGUGACGACGGCGGCGGUCGAGGAGGAGGUGAGGAAGGGGCUGGCGGUGGUGAAGCGGUCGAGGGACCCGUACGGCGACUUCCGGGAGUCCAUGGCGGAGAUGAUCGUGGAGCGGCAGGUGUUCGCCGCGGCGGAGCUGGAGCGGCUGCUCCGGUCGUACCUGUCCCUCAACCCGCCGCGCCUCCACCCCGUCAUCCUCCAGGCCUUCUCCGACAUUUGGGUCGUCCUCCGCGGCGGCUAGCUAGCUGGCUCGCCGGCGUUGUUGCCACCAUUGGCCGGCCAUCUCGCCGGCCGGUGCAUGGCUGUCGUGUGUACGAUUUUCAUGGCGUUAAUGGGGGAGUGAUUAGUUGGAGCGUGAAGUGCAGCGUGGUGCACUACUACUACUGUUAACCGUUAACUCUUGCACCUGAUGUCUCAUGCUUGUCGGACAAAAUUAAUUUUCACUUA